UAUAACCCCUUCUCCUAGCUAAGUGCCAGUAACAGUGGAUGAAAUCCCUUCUCCCAGUAAUUAGCCCAAUGCUGUUGGUAAGGAAAUAGUAGGAUGUGGUGGCUUGGAAAUGGAAACUACAGCCCCAUUUAUACCUGGUUCUUAAAUGCGUCCUUUGUCCUGAUCUUGUCCACAUUCUGAUUGUGCGCACAUUUUUGGAUAUGUGGGCAGUAAAGAGUCCUUGGUUAUAGGUCCUGGAGCCCUGCUUUAACUGGUCAAGUCAUGUGUUAAGGAAACCCCUCAUGGCAGAUCCUGCAGAUUGUCUACCUCCUGCGGGACCGAAUAGAGCUUUGGCUCCUUGGUGGUCUGGCUGUGACAUAGAGUAGAGCCGUGGCUGUGUGGUUAGGGCAGAUAUUCUGGCUGUCUAAAGGCAAGCCACAUGAGUCAGCCAGGCAGCCACUCAGGGCUUCCGCUUUAAUGCUGAGUCUGGGCCUGCGAUCAGGGCUUUCCUGCCAGCUAAUCGGUCUACCGGGGUAGACGAGUGCAGGGAGAGACGGAGUGAUGGGAGCAAUGCUUGGUUCUCUUUUCAUCGCUCCCUUUCGUUCUUUCUCUCUUUUUCUCUGUCUUUCUCAUUUAUUCGCUCUCUCAUCACCUCUCUCUCUUUCUCUCUCUCUCUCCCCUCCGUCUCCCUCUUUCUUUCUCUCUCGCUCUUCCUCUUUACUGCAGGAUGGCAGAUCUGAAAAGCAGGCCCUCUCCUCCCCUGCAGCCCCUGCUCUCUCUCUUCCCUCCCACCUCAUCCCCUCAUCACCCCUCCUCCUCUCGCUGCUCUCAAUACCUUCAUUUUCAGCCCUUCUCUGAAAUGUCAGCAUGGCACAUGAGUGGGAGGCAGCUGCAGCUCCAUCUGAAUCGAGAACAGUGUAUGUUUUCUCUGAUAUGAGAGGAUUGGGUCAGAAAGGGCAUUCAGAGGAGACUUAGUGAGGGAGUUUGACACCAAGAGAAAUGUGUGCGUGUGUCAGUGAAAGUUGUGCGUUACCUCCCAGCUAGAAAACAAUGUUAAUUUCUCUCCCAGGGAGGCUUAGAUUUAGUGGGAGUCUUGGUGUGAUACACACACUAGGAAACACACACACACACACACACAUUAAGAAAUGCACACACACAAAGACACAUGCACACAAAUGUAUGUACACACGCAAACACACACAGAGACACACACGCGCGCGUACACCCACACACCCACACACACACAUUGUGUGUGAUGACUCAGAGGGGAGCAGCUGGAGUUGAGGCCCCAGUCGUGAGGGUGAGUUGUCACCAUCUGGAGGAAUACAAGUCUCCCUGACUCCCCUCAACUCAAGGGGCAUAACAAAUGAUCUCUCAAUGACAGUAUCUGUGUGUGUUCGUGCAUCUGUGUGUAUGUUUGCAUGUACACACGUGCGUGUAUGUGUAUGCAUCUAUCUGCCAGCCUUAGUGUGACGUUUAUAAGGCCCACUCUUGCCCUCCAUCACUUUGGCUGUGUUUGAGCUUCGCUGUGUUCACGGCUUGAGAGUCCAUCUUAUUCUAAAACCGGAGGUGCUUUGAUCAAGCCGAAGUCUGUCUCCUCUCAUCACCCGCACAAUUUGUCUGCCUGAUGACAGCUGCACCUGUGCUGUGGACCCAUUCGAGACGGGAGCAGAAAUAUUUACAGAAGUGGGCCCUGCCGGAGCAAGUCCAUUACCCCUGUCAUAGUGCUUUUACGCUAGAGAGUGAAGAAGUGAAGAUGUGUCCGUUUCUCCCAGAACAACAGAGGUAGAAAACUCACUCAGACAACUCACGCAGCAGGGCAAACUUAACUGACCCCCCUCCGACGAGAAAAAUAGGCCCCACUCCCUCCGACGAUUCGAAAACAAAAAAGCACAUGAGAGGGAGCGAACACAGCAGACAAACCAUGAAAAAGAUAUAUGUCGGAAAAACGGCCCUAAAAGUUUCCCGAAAUGGCAGUAAACACCAGAAAAAGAGCUCUUUGCAGGAGCAGAAAGAGGACCUCCGGAAGCGUCUGUCCUACACCACCCACAAGCUGGAGCUGCUAGAGAGCGAGUUUGACUCCACCCGACAGUACCUGGAGACAGAGCUACGCCGCGCCCAGGAGGAACUCGACAAGUUCACAGACAAACUACGCAGAAUACAAAGCAGCUACUCAGCACUGCAGAGGAUCAACCAGGAUCUGGAGGAUAAGAUCCAUAGAAAUUCUCAGCACCAUGACGACGAGAAGAGAGCCCUGAGCAGAGAGAUCAUCGUGCUCAACAACCACCUGAUGGAGGCCAAGCUGACCAUUGAGAAACUGAGGGAGGACAAUGAUCUGUACAGGAAGGACUGUAACCUGGCUGCCCAGCUGCUCCAGUGCAACAAGUCCCACUACAGGACCCAGCUUUCUGAGUUGCCUGCUGAAUUCCAGGAACGCGUGACCAUGCACAUGGAGGGCACACCUCUUUGCCACACUGCCUAUGCCGAUUCCGUCCCUGCCUCCGUCAUCGCCAAGGUGCUGGAGAAGCCCGACGAGGCCUGCAGCGGCAGCCAAGCCUCUAGCUCGCCUAGCCCCCAACCCCAGGACCAAGGCUUUCUCCUGGACACCCUGGACAGAGGUGAGCGCCUUGGCCUCCGGGCAGCAUACAAGUCAGACCUGUACAGCAGCGACACAGCUCUGUACUGCCCGGUCGAUCAGAACCGUGAGCGCAGGCCAAGCAUGGACCUCCAUGGCCAGAGAAAGCUGCUCUACGGGCCCCAGAACUCCACAGAUAGUAACCCAGAGGAGGGUCCCUUGUUGGGACUGAGGUCUGGCUUCUCCCAGGAGUGCUUUGCCAAGUUCCCCACCUCUCUGGGCCCCACCUCGGGCAGCUCCUACUCCAGCUUCAGCGGAGGGGGCUCAGACGACAACAAGGGCAACGGCCCACCAAGCAGCACGGCCUCCUCUCCCCACCACCACUCCCUCUACAUGGACUGGAGGAAUGGGGGAGACUAUGAGAGGAAGAGUGACUCCUCCUGGGAGAGGGACAGUCCCAGCGGGGGCGGCUUCGCCAAGGUCCACGCUGUCUUCCAGCAGGCCGGCGGAGCACACCACCAGAACGGCAGCUCGCCUGUCUACAGCCGCACCAUGUCCUCGUGCUUCAGCGAGCCCUACGAACCCCUCCCUCCUUCCUCCUCGCCAAGCGUCGUCUAUGGAGACAGCCGCCGGGGCAGCACACUGGCGCCCGAGGAGGAGGAGCUGAUUGGUCGCUGGAGGCAGCUGAGUGUGGAGGACCUAAGCGCCCACUCGUACCACUCGCCCGGCCGGGCCUCGCCCUACAGCUUCUCCGAGCAGCACUUCUCCGUUCGGCCCGCCAAGAUCCGACUGGGACCCCUAUACAGCAGCUUCCAGGAAGGGGCAGACUUCUACCACCAGGCAGGGGUAGGACCCAUCAUGGAAACCCCAGUGUGCUUCUCCACGCCCAGCCCCCAGUGUAGCCCUGUGGGGGGACUCCGUCAGUCCCAUCCGUCCCACAGCCAGCAGGCCCACCAGACCCAUCUCUACCGGGGAAAGGAGGACAGCCAGGAGUCAGAGCACAGCCUCUACCACUCAGCAAGCUCCAAUGACAGGGAGGGCAGUGUCGGUGUAGCAGGGGCCGGGGUAGGAGGUGGAGGGCAGAACAAGGAGUACGAGGACGUCAGCCCAAACAGCUCCACUGAGUCCCUAAACCAGAGGUCCCUGGAGAUGGCUGCCGAACUGCAGCAGCACUACCAGACCGAGAUGCAGCAUCCAUCGCCCCCCCAGGGCAGUCCACCACCGCCCCCGCUACCACCUUGUCCCCCUCCCCCGCAAUACCAAACAUUUGGUACGUUAGGACUCUCCAGAAAGGACAGUCUCACCAAAGCCCAGCUGUAUGGAACACUUCUGAACUGAGAGAAGAAGGGAUUCUCAUCCUGACUUACUGUUCUUUCUUUUUCUUCAUCUCUUUCCCUGGUGGGAUGUGAGGUGAGAGGUCUUGGUAGAUCCAGCAAAACACAUUGAUUAGUGUGAGUCUAGCCGUUCAGUUGAAGGACAUUCAUUUUGAUAGGACAUUUGGACGAUACAGUAGGUUAAGCAUGAAUUCAUCAGAUUGUUGCCACAGCUGUGAAAAACUGACAAAAGUGUGGUUCGCAUCACUACAAUGAACGUGUAAGAUUGUCUGGGUCAGGUGAAUUGACUAUUUAUUACUGUGCCAAAUGAGUGAGGAAUAUAGGAAAGGACUCUGCUACCUUUGGUACAUUUGGUACAUAAAAUAGUAUUUGGAGGUACCAGAGACCACAGUUGCUCCAUGUGGAUGAAGGAAGUAUUUAAAGUAACUGUUGAAAUAUAUAAAUAUAUUUAAUUACAACUACAACAAUUGAGUGUUCAAAGACAUAUUUUUUUUGUAGUUGCAUUCAAAAGAAAAUAUAAAACUGAUGAUUGUAGAGAAAUGACUACAAUUCAAUCAGAUGUGGACACCAACACAUUGUAAAUAUGUCUGGUGAUUAAGAGCAUCUGCAGAUCAAAGAGAGAUAGUUGGAAUGUUAAAGAAGACUGUCAAAAUUGCACAUAGAGAUUUGUUUGUCAAUCACAGGCUGAAUACUGAAUACUGUGCUGCAUUUCUGCAGAGUAAAAUACGUAUGACAAUGGGGCAUGGGUUAAAGUUGCAGCACUAAGAGAUGUUUGUAACUCAAAAAUAGAGAUGCCCCUAGCCUAAACCCGUUUGAGUGCAGCUCCAUUGAUUCGUUCAGUUUUUGCUUUGACACCAUUUUGAAAUAUCCAGAGCGCUUAAAGAGACCGUUCGAAGUAUGUAUCAUUUUGCUACUGAUGGACUUCUUUUGAGAUGUAAACAUUUGUCUUACCCGGUUGAUGUUAUUUUUGCUCUAUAACCCUUGGAGACAUUUUCCUGUCCCACUCUACCUCAGAUGCCCACACCCCAAUCAAGCAACCACAAAUCUGUUUCUAUCACACAAUGAUGCAUGUUUCUAUAUUUCUGUUGUGUUUCAUUUAACCUAAUAAAGCACAAACCACACAUGU